AUGCUAAGAAAUAUUGGAAGAAAGAACACCAAUCAUGAUUAUUUUACAUCACUUGUCAGUAAUAAAGUACUAACUAAAAAACAAAACACAACUCAAACUGUAGACUCUAAUCUUAUUGUAGAGUAUCCAACUACAUUUACUGAAUCUAUUGUAACAAAAAAUACCAACACAAUGGAAGUUAACCCUGUUGCAAAAAGUUCAACCAAUAAUUUCAACAAAGAAAAAGGUCCUGAAAUCUUUACACUAGAAACGUCUGCACAGAAAACUACUAUGAGCAUCAAUGAAUCUUUUGACUUAUUAAAAAAUAUCUUAGAUACCUUUACCCUUAAUUUUGAAGCAUCUCAACUCAAAUUAUCAAAUUUUUCAUGUUUAUUCUAUUAG